AUGGGAAUGAGUCUCGAUUUUGAUGUUGAUCUUGAGAAAGGAACCGUCGAUUGCGUCGAUGUUUAUACACAAUCUCCAGAGAAGCUAUCGAUACCGUUGUUUCCAGAUAAUAAACCGGUUAUAACCGGAGAAGAAACCGUCGGUUCGUUAGAAAACGAUGCGGCUCCGGUUCAGUUUGCGAAACCGGGAUGGGGAAGGAGUGAUCGGAAGGAGAAUCGUAAGAAAUCGGCGUCGAAGCCUCCUCGGCCGCCGCGUGGACCGUCUCUAGACGCAGCUGAUAGGAAGCUGAUAAGAGAGAUCGCUGAAUUAGCGAUUCUGAAACGCGCGAGGGUUGAACGUUUGAGAGCUUUGAAGAAAUCGAGAGCGGUUAAAGAAGCGUCUGCGGCUUCUUCUCUAGGCAAUGUAUUGGCAACGCUUCUCACCGUUAUAUUCUUCUUUGUACUCGUUUUGCAAGGAUUGUCUCCGAGAGCAGCCGCUAGCUCCGGGAGAUCUCCCUUAGUAGAUGGUGGUUUAGUUUCGGUUCAGUAUGUAGGGAAUCCGUCUGCGAGUGAACCGGAUGGUGGUUAUACCGGUCCAGGUUUAGCACAGAGAUUACCGAAGUAA